AUGCUUCCUCAACAAUAUUGUUUGAGAUGGAGGUACCAUCAUUCCAAUUUGCAGACUAUGUUUUCGCAGCUUCUGGAACGUGAAGCUUUCUGUGAUGUUACUUUAGCAUGUGAGGGAAGAACAAUAAAGGCCCACAAAAUUGUCCUAUCUGCUUGCAGUACAUAUUUCGAAACUAUACUUUCUCAGUAUGAAGAGAAAGAUCCAAUACUUAUCAUGAAAGAUGUAAAAUAUGUAGAUAUCAAAUGUUUAGUAGAGUUCAUGUACAAAGGAGAAAUCAAUGUAGAACAUUGUCAUCUAGCAACUUUGUUAAAAACAGCUGAAGAACUAAAAAUAAAAGGUUUGGCUGAAGUUUCUUGGAGAGAUGAAGAACAAUCUGGAAAUGGAGAUUCUAGUUCCAAUGGAGUACAAACAGCAAUUCCACAGGUUCAAGCUAUAAUGCCAAACAGUCCUACACCGUCUACAAAACGAAAACGAGGUCGACCGCCCAUAGAUGACUAUGAAAGUACUUUCACAUCUCCAAAAAUCAUGGCGGUAUCCGGCGCCCCUGAGGAUGGUUACUCCAAUGACGCCAUGUCGAGCAGCGAACACGAUUUGAACAUUUGGGAGGAAGACCAUCCUUCACACGAGGGAGCCGAUAACAACGAUGAUAACAGAGUCAAGAUCAAGAAAGAGUUGUCCCUGGACGACGACGAAGUCCUGAUCGACGAGCAAAGCAACAACUCCUACACCGACCCGGGCAGGUUCUCGAAAGGGGCGGCCAACUCGUCCGCCCCCUCGGCCUCGUCGUCUGCCCAGUCCUUCCUAACGCCCGCCCUCGAGAAGGACUGGCCCGACGUGGUCAAGAUGAACGACUACCUGAACACGGGCAGGCGGCAGCAGUUCUGGGAGGAGCCGUUCACGAAGCGCGUGAUGGACGCCAUCAAGACGAAGAAUUUGGAGAUGAAGGUGGCGGCGGAGCUGCUGGGCGUGUCCUACGGGACGCUGUACGGGCGGUAUCGGGAUUCAUACGGGUGUCUCAAGCAUCCCUACAGAGUCCGCGACUUCUGGACCGAGCAGGGCCCCACCGACAUCCUCCUCAAGCUCAAGCGCAAGGAGAUCACGCUGUUCCGGGCGGCCGAGCAGCUCAACGUCACGCCGCAGACGCUCUCCAACUACCUGAUCUCGAUGUCUCAGAUCGACGCGCCGGACGCGAACUCGAGCCGACGUUCGAUGGCCGGCGAGUCGUACGACGAGUCGGAGGAGGAGGCCGACUCCAUCUUGCCCGACAAUCCGGCGAACAGCGUCAACGUGUUCCAGAGUCUGGUCACGUCCGUGUCGCCAGGUCCGACGCCUUCUGCAAACAGUUCGCUGGCUAAUUGUCCGGACAUUUCUAUCGUCAAGAAAGAGAGGCCGGAAAGCACUGUCAACAAUAACUCCGAUCAUUCCGAGAGCGCCGAUCAAGGGAAAUGAGUCCGUAAGUUUUCGUGAUGAACGUUCGUUUCCACUCUUUAGUAUUUUGUAA